CACUCGUUAAACCGGUUCGGUGUCGGUGUGUGGACCAUGUAAACGCUCCACCAGGUCUCGGACUUGGUGUCUCUGGAUUAAAGCAGUUCUGUGCGUCCGUUUUGUGUUGCGGCUCCGCCCGGUGUGCGGUCAGUGCGGUGCGGUGCGGUGCGGUGCGGUGCCUCCAGACUUUUUUUUUUAUUGGAUCGUCGGACAGCGGCGGGAGCGGACCGGUGUGAGCCCCACGCAGGACAAAGAAGCCCGGAGGAAUCACGGGAAAGCAGCGGAGUGGAACAGGACGUCAGCGGGAAUGGAGACGCGCCUCUUGCCGCUCACCUUUGCUCUGCUCCUCCUCGGAGGCUGCUCGGCCCGGGUGGUGAAGGUUUCUCCUGGUCCGUUAAUCCGGGUUGAGGGUCAGCCGGUGUCCAUCCGAUGCGACGUCAUCGAGUACGGUGGGCCUCGUGAGCAGGACUUUGAGUGGGAGAUGUCCAGAGAGCCCAGCAGCCAGAAGAUAAAGAUCAUCUCCACCUUCGACACCAGCUACUCCCACCAGUCGGUCAGUAAACGCGUCGCGUCCGGAGACAUCUCGGUGGUUCGGCUCAAAGACAACGAGGCGGAGCUGAAGAUCUCCGAGGUGAAGGCGCUGGACGCCGGCUUCUACUGGUGCCAGACGCCCAGCACCGACUCGGUCAUCAGCGGAAACUACGAGGCUCAGGUGCAGCUCACCGUCAUCCCCAACACCCUAAAGGUGUCGCCCCAGACGCCGCCUCCGAACGUCCCUGAAGGCAGCGACCUCACCCUCACCUGCAACGUUACCCGGGAGCUCACCCACCCCACCUACCUGUCCGUCACCUGGCUGGUGAAGAAGGGGACGACGUCCGAGGAGAUCCUGACGUUCGGGCCUCAGGGCGAAGUCGUCACGGGGGCCAAGUUCGCCCGUCGCUACGCCGACGGAGGCAUCCGAUUGGUCCCUGGCAAGAACGGAGUCUUCGAACUGGUGAUUUCCAGAGUGACGACGUCCGAUGAGGGGAUUUACGAAUGCAACGGGACGGAGUGGACGCACGAAAACGGAGGGAAGUGGAUAAAAAUCGUGGAGAGUACGAAAGAGAUGGGAACUGUUGCCGUUACUCCGACAGGUCGCUCCCUCAGCGUGAAGGCUUCUUCCUCUUCAUCCCCCUCCUCUUCCUCGCUGCAGCUCUCCCCUGGCGACACCAUGACGCUGCUCUGCUCCGUCGCCGCCGACAACCUGCCCUCCGUCACCCCGGAGGUCACCUGGCUGGCGGACGGCCGCGAGCUCAUCACCAUGGAGCGCAGCGGCGUGGUGGCGUCCAACGGUAGCCGACGGGCCGAGGCCAGCCCGGAGAGGACCGAGGCCAGCCUGGAGAGGACCGCGGCCGGGGAGUACCGGCUGGUGGUCCGGGGGGUCGGAGGCCCCGACGGAGGCCUCUACGCCUGCAGGGUCCGGGCCUUCAUAGGCAAGGAGGGCCGCAGCUCCGGAGGGGGAGGGAGGUGGCACAUGGUGGCCGAGAAGACCUCCAGCCCUCUGACGGUUAAAGUCUCUGACAUCAAACCCAGUUUCACAGUGACCCUGGAAGCCUCCCAGAGCCCCCAGAUGACGGCUGAACCCACAGAGCUGGCUUGUCAUGUGACCAACAUCACCCAGUUACCUCCAGGAGGCCGACUGGGCGUCAGCUGGGAGCACACGACGCUUCCUGGUGUCGGGGACGAUCCUCAGGCCUCGCAUACCAUCGCCUCCUUGGACGGCAGCGGCAACCUGUCGCCGGGAUCGAUGUACGCCGAGAGGCUGAAGACCGGCGUGUUGUCUCUGAGCAGAGUCCAGCCCAACACCUUCAAACUCAGAUUCCUCCGCACACAGGAGAUCGACAUGGGCCAGUAUGUUUGCAACGUUUCCUCUUGGAGCAUCAACAGCCAGGGAGUCCUGCUGAGGACCGCCGUGUACGAAAGCUCGCCGCUGACUGUUCGAUGGGACACCAAACGUCCGUCUCUGAACGUCGUGGCCAAACGUAUCCGCGAGGCCUCGGUGGGCGGAGCUACCUUUGAGAUGAGCUGCUCUGUCACCACAGAGAACGUCGGGGAGGCGGGCUACUCGGUGCUCAUCCAAUCACAGGACAGCUUGGAGAGCAACGUGAGAACCAUCAUGACUCUGAGCCCCGACAACGUGAUGCAGCAUGGAGGAGCCACAGACCCCAACAGGAGGGACAGUCUGGUUCUGACCAAGUCCGGCCCGGCAGAGUUCCGGUUUCGCCUCGCGGGCGUCCAGCUGUCCGACAGAGGUUUCUACUGGUGCGACAUCACGGCGUGGACCAAGCAGCAGCCAGGACAGACGUGGACCAAAGCCACCAGCUCCGAGUCCAACAAAGUCAAGAUCGACUUUCAGGAAAAUGGCCCGUCCUUCUCCAUCGCCAUCCAAUCCGAUGCCAGCAGCGUGUAUCCGUGGGAAACAGCUAAGAUGGAGUGUUCGCUGAGCGUCUCUGGAUCCUCCCCGAAGACCGAUGACCUGGCCUACGAGGUGAGCUGGUUCUUCACUCGGCUUCGAGGCGGACAGACGACGACUCAGGUGGCCGCCGUCGACCGCUUCGGCGUCGUCAGGAAAAUGCUCCGCAACUCCUCCAGCGACAUUUCAGUCGAGCGUAAAGACACGCACACCUACCUGCUGAACAUUUAUGGCACUCAGGACAGCGACAGCGGCGAGUACCACUGCAUCGCUACGCCCUGGUACCUGUCGGCCUCCACGGGAGCCUGGACCGAGGCCGGAGAGCUCAUGUCAUCAAGAGUCUUCCUCACUGUCAAGUUUGCAGUGUGGGACUCCCUGAAGUUACCUCUCUUAUACGGAGCGGCAGCCUCACUGGGUGUCGGCCUCUUCUCGCUGGUGUUUGGUCUGGUUUGCGCCCAGUGCUGCUGCCGCAACACAACACACACUCCGCGCUCACGCAACAAGCUGAUGGACCUGGAGAUGGACUGACAAACACUUUCCCCGGCGCCGACUCACUGCAGCGCUCACAGGAAGCACCAUACGCUCAACCGCCACACGCCCGUCGACGACUUCUGGGACAGCCAGCUGUUUCCGGGCGAUGGGCGUUGGGAGUGAAACCCGACGGACGGACGGAUGGUGGUGCUUUAAAUGGUGCUCAGGGUUCUAGCAACUCUGCAGUGGAGGACCGGGGGAUUUGGACACUCGCCUUUCAGACUUGUUUUAUAAAAUCCGUGGCGCCUCUAGUGGAUUUAUUGAGCCUGCUGAGACAUCACUGCCACCUGGGAUUAAAGGAACAGAUGUGCUGCCUCUGUAUCCGCUGGGGAAUAACACACAAAGCGCUCAGGCCGGACUACUCUUUAUUUUUGUUUUGUUUUUUUCCUUCUUGGACUUCAACCACUCUGUGCUUCUGAGUGACGGCACAUCAGCGAACCUGCUUGUUUUGUGGGAGAAUAUUGAACUCGGUUGAUUGGACGUUGGGUUGAUGACUCAUCGACGUCUGAACAUCUGCCCAAUGGAUCCUGUUUGUCGAGGGCGAACAGUCGGGCGGCAGAUGUCCUGCUGUCGAAAACAAAAGUGCUCCGAGGCAUUGCACUACCACCCCAGAGUAUUCCGACUUAACCAGAGGAUGAUAUUUACCUUUAUGCUCAACUCUAGUUUUUUGAAAAUUCAGAGAUUUUAAACCGAGAGACGUUUUUAAGCUUUACAAGGAGAUAUGCAGUCAGUGUGUCUGUGUGUGUGAUGUUCUGUACAUGGUGCCGGCGUUUGAACUGACGGAGGCGCGCUCGGUUCAGAUCAACACUUGAACAGCCACUAAAGGUGGCGACAGCAAGCACUCUUCUUUUCUAAAUAUCCACAGAUGUAUCCAGCUGUUCUUUUUGCCCGAGUCUCGUGUGUGUUUUGGUGUGAGUGCUGUGCUUCGGUGUGCAAGACAAAGAGCUGCAUGGACCGUUUCAUCAUGGCGGUGUGGGUCUGUUCCACGUUUCCACGCCAUCAAAGUCUCUAAACAUCAAGAGUCGCUUCACUAGCGUCCACUCUGUUCCAACGGGGUGACGCAAGAAGCUCGGGUUUUGAGGGCACAGUUUUUAAAGGAGUAGUUCGACAGUUUGGGAAACGUACUGAGCUUGUCAGUAGGGCUGUAAUCAAUAGUCAACUGAAACUGUACCGACUCUUUGACCGGUUAAUCUGCACACACACUACCUGAGGCCUCAUUAGCCUGAACGGACCAUAAAUUGAGAUAAAACGCCAGAAUUUGCAGCAUGUUUAGUCAUUUAAACUUAUGAUAUGCUGAAAUACCACAAUAUUCACAUGAUUGAAGAAGAAGUGAGGAAUAAAACGAGUUAGCUGCUGUUUUUUGAUGUGUUGGUUGUUCGACACUGAUGACUUCUUAGACACUGUGUCACUUAGUUUGGAUCAGACUCUCAGUGACCUUUCAGGUAAAUAAGUUGAACCUUCAUUAGAUUGAUCCAUCGCUAAACUGUGAAAGCGUCAGGGUGUUUUAGGGAGUUAAAAAAUCUUCUCCAGAAGGGAAAACUCAUGAAAUUUCCAGCAAUAAACUGCACAAACUAGUUACCUUGUGCUGCAGACAGUGCAGAGAGAGUGUUUUUCUACAUUGUGGUCCAUUAAAAAUACAUAUAUUCAUACUGGCACAUAUGGAAGAUCAUUGGAAAUGCUGAUAUAUCUGCGAUUGACUAAUAUUGACCGAUGUUAGGGAGACUGUUGAUGUUUUCUCCUUGUGAAAAAUUUUGUCUAAUGAGACAGUUUUAAGUAACAAGUGAAAAAAAAAUCGUAAAAUACCGGAGUGUUUAAUGCCGAGAAUAAUUUUUAAGGAGUAAAAAAAAUCUGCUCCAAAAGGGAAAAUGUAUUAUCUUUCCAACAAUUCAUUUCACAUAGUAGUUAUAAAAUUGCUGUAAUGGCACCGUUUGACUCCACACCGCCCCUUGUUCUGCUACAUGUGCUGCAGAUGGUACUGAGAGUGUUUUUCUGCAUUAUGGUCCUUCAAAAAUACAUACAUUUGUAUUGGCACGUAUCGAACAUCAUUGGAAAUACUGAUAUGUCUGCAAUUGGCUGAUAUUGACCGAUGAUGUUUUCUCUUUGUGAAAGUAACACCAGCAAAUGAGAAUAUAGUCCUAUGAGAGUCCAGUCGACCUGGAGAUUACAGCCCUACUAACCACAAAGACUAGAAGCAGCGGAGCCGCUAACCGAGCUCGUCUAGGAGUGAAACUUUAGCUUUAAACUAACGGAAGCCAUCAGUCCUUCCAGCAGCUCCAGCGUCUUACAGCAUUUCCACUCGAUUUACUGCACAAAUGAGGCUCUGAAAUUGCUGGAAGGCAUCAGCUCAGGCUAGCAGUUCCCCUUUGUUUCCAGUCUUUGUGCUAAGCUAAGCUACGUCCAACGCCAAUCAUAAUUCUCAAACUGUUCCUUCCAAACCCUCCCCAACUACGAAUGCAUCCUCUUCCCUGAUUCAUUUAGGAUGUUUUGUCUCCACACCUUUUUCAGAACGGUUGUACAAAACUUGCACUUAAUAGAUAAAACUACAAAAAUGUAUAAAAAUUCUAUCUGUGAAGAGAAAUCUGCAAUAACCAGAAAGUCGGAUCAGCUGCUGAGUGUGUUUUUACAGCAGAUGAAUGAAUGAACACACUCCGAGUUUCAGUCCAAACCCAGCAGGAUGCAUUCGGACCUGCUGCACGGGGGCUUCGUUUGACGCAUUUUAAAUCACUUUUAAAGGGAAUUUUACAAGCAAUAUGAGGCUGUAGUCGAGUCACAGCUCCCAGAACGCUGUAUUCAGAUUAUUCACCCUCAAUCGGAGCUAAAAUACGUCUUUUAUUCCCGGAAUUUGGCGACCGGGUGGGAUGUUUCUCCCGUGGCGGGUGUUUUGGCUGGAUUGACAGCGACUGUUAUUCCAGAAGCUUCCGGUUCUUCUCCUCGGACCCUCCAAGGGUGUGUUUGCCUCUCGGUGAUGUGUUCAGACGAGGUUUUACCGUCGCUCUGAAGAGUCUUUACCAACGUAGCAUCGGUACACACCGCUGAGCGUCACUGCAAGGCUCCCCCGGUGUUCUUUUAUUUUCUCAUUUUAUUGCAACUAGUAUGAUGAAUCCUGAUGAUGUGUUUUUUUUUUUUAAAUAAAUAGAUUUGUAAGACA